UUCUUUUUGGACAUGUGGAAUUGAGCGAGUGCGCUCAUUUUAUGUUCGACUAUAAUCGUGAUAAACAUGCUCUAAAUAUAAAAUUUUUAUUAGCAGUUGUCGCAAUAACAGAGCCCAAUAGAUGACUUACUUUGAAAGGACAUACCGGAAACACACAAUGCCUUCCGUUUCAAAGUGUUACAACAUCCAACCAAAUGGGGGCAGUAGUAAGUUUCGGUAAACAUUGCAUUAGCUUGAAUGAGCUGGCUAUACCACACUAUUGUAGACAGUGUAAUGCUAAAUGCUAACAUCAACACUGCAGUUUAACGCUAUUUAUUAUGGGAAAAGGUAACAAAUUGAGCAUGGUUGGCUGUGAAUUUGUUAACCCUCUGCUGGAUCUGAAUGAAAGAGGGAGUGCAAGCUGUUUGUUUGGAGCUGACAGCCAUGGCGGAUACAUCGGUCCAGAAAGAGCUCGGUACUGUGACAGAGGUCCCCUACGACGAUGACGACGAGGUCGCACUUGUGGGCGCCGCCACAGAGCCGGCUGUGGACGGCGGUAAAGUCGCCGAAGAAGUGGACCUGGUGCUGGCUGUCAGCUCUGGAGAGAAGACCGAAGCCCAGGUGAACGGCGUCAUGGUUCUAUCCCUCCUCGACAAGAUCAUCGGGGUAGUGGACCAGAUCCAGCUGACUCAGAACGGGCUGGAGGCUCGGCAGGAGGCCAUGGAGAAGUCGGUGUCCACCAUCCAGGGGGAGCUGACCAAGCUCUCCAAGAGCCACCUGGGGACGUCCACCACCGUUAACAAGAUGCUGGACAAGGUCCGCAAAGUCAGCGUCAACGUCAAGACGGUGCGGAGCAACCUGGAGAAGCAGGCGGGCCAGAUCAAGAAGCUGGAGAGCAACGAGGGCGAGCUGCUCAAGAGGCGCAACUUCAAAGUCCUCAUCUUCCAGGACCAAGUGAAGGCCCCAAAGACACCCAAGACAGGUGAGACGGUCGCCGAAGACGGAACAGUGGAGGCUCUCCAGCAGAUACCCGAGGAGGGUGUCGAGGGCGACGCCCAAGCGCCCAACCUCAACUCGGACGAGGAAGUGGAGAUCGAGGAGAUUGUGGAGGAGUCCCGAACCAAGCGGCUUCAGCGCUCCACCAAGCGGCAAGUGGCCAGCAUAAAGAAGGCCUUCACCAAGGAGGAGAUGGAGAAAACCAAGCUGAAGACCAAGGAGAACCUGGAGAAGACCAAGCAGAGAACCCGCGAGAACCUUGAGAAGACCAAGCAGAGAACCCGCGACAACCUGGAGAAGACCAAGCACAGCCUGGAGAAGAAGAUAGGCAAGCUGGGUUCCCGCAUGACCCCCAACAUGGAACGCCGUGUCAAGAUGAAGAGCUCCAAGGAGAAAGUGAAGAAGUCCCUCACGCCCGACCACGCCGUCUACGCCCGCUCCAAGACCAGCGUCUACCGCGUGCCGCCGUUCACUUUCCACGUCAAGAAGAUCCGAGACGGCGAGGCAGAGGCGGUGGCGGCGGCGGAGAGCACCGACAUGGCUGCGGCAAUCGAGGCGGAGAACGAGGAGAACGGGCUGGGCGUCCACGUGGAGGAAGGGGAGCUUGUGAGGGUGGACAGCCCCGUUGUGGAGGACCCUCAGCUGGUCAUGGUGGAGGCGGACCACCGAGAGAAGACCCAGCGUGACUAGGAGAUCCCAUAAACGAGGACACGUCAGUCAUCACAUGGACUUCAUGCAAAAUAUUUCACAUCUGUUCUAUUAUUUUCUAUCCCAAAAGCUUUUCAUACUCAUUCUUAUGCUAAGCUACGCUACGCUAAAAGUAGUUAUACGCUAGCUGCACACCUCCGCAUGAAUGGAGUGCUGAUUUGGAGAAAAAAAAAAGGUAUAAAUAUUCUUUGCUGUUAAGAUGUGAUGUAUAAGUGAUAAAUAUAUAUCCGCCAUGUUUAUAUGACACGCGCAUAAGGGUAACAGGAAGUUGUCAGAAAGAAGAAGAAUGCGAAAAGUGUACGAAAUUUCGCCAGCGAUGUCGAGAACCCUGUUUUGUGGGAAAAGUUCGGAAGUGUACCGCGCAGUCACCGCCAUGUAAUGUUUUAAAACGAAGAAGAAACGCAACAAAGGAAGCGUGUGCACAUAGUACCGGUCAAAUGUUUAUGGACACUUUCCCAUUCUUUUGGAUGAGAAAGUGUACCAAAACUUCUGGUUCUGUAUCUCACAACUUCAGGUUUCCCCGUUAGGAAGUACAUGUCAGUUUUUCCGAAAUGUAGUUUGAGGUAUUCGUCAGGAAGUGCAUCCGGAAUAUAAAGGGCUGAAUUACUACGCGGAUCAAAAAGAUCCGUAAUCAGGAAAAAGCCGAAAGAAACAAAAUUUCGGAAGUAGUACAAUAACAAUACUUUAUUACUGUAUUUAUUAAGUCAUAACUAGGGAUGUUCGAUAUUGGCUUUUUUGACAAAAAACGAUAUUGUCCAACUCUCAUGGUUCUGUAUCUCACAACUUCAGGUUUCCCUGUUAGGAAGUACAUGUCGGUUUUUCCGAAAUGUAGUUUGAGAUAUUCAUCAGGAAGGGCAUCCGGAAUAUAAACGACUGAAGUACUACGCGAAUCAAAAAGAUCCGUAACCAGGAAAAAGCCGAACAAAACAAAAUUUCGGGGAUGGACAUUGGACUGAAUUUCUAUGAUUGACAAUCAUUUCAUCUAAAGGAGAUAUUAUUUUUAACGGGAUGGGAGAGUCUGUUCUUAACUCCUGCUUACAUAAGCAUGAGCCCACAGCGCCUCUGCUGGUUGCAGGAAGUAGUACAAUAACAAUACUUUAUUACUGUAUUGAUUAAGUCAUAACUAGGGAUGUUCGAUAUUGGCUUUUUCGACGAAAACCGAUACGCCGAUAUUGUCCAACUCUCAUGGUUCUGUAUCUCACAACUUCAGGUUUCCCCGUUAGGAAGUACAUGUCGGAUUUUCCGAAAUGUAGUUCGAGGUAUUCGUCAGGAAGGGCAUCCGGAAUAUAAAGGGCUGAAGCCAAAAAUCAUUUUCUAUCAAUUUCUAUGAUUGACAAUCAUCAAUGUGAGAGUCUGUUCUUAACUCCUGCUUCCAGGUUUCCAUACCUGCCGUGCUUCUUCUGCUUCACACAGCAAGAAGUAGAGCCCACAGCGCCUCUGCUGGUUACAGGAAGUAAUACAAUAACAAUAAUUUAUUACUGUAUUUAUUAAUUCAUAACUAGGGAUGUUCGAUAUUGGCUUUUUCGCCGAAAACUGAUACACCGAUAUUGUCCAUCUCUCAAUUUCCCAUAUCAAUAUGCGUAACAUGACAUAUCUAAAAAAUCUGAUAUCGAUUUUUAUGCUGAUUUUGGCCCAAAAAAUAUCGCUAUUAUUUAUUUAGGAUUUAUGCCCAUCCCUAUGCGAGAUAUGAAGAUAUGAAUCGUCAUUCUAAAGGCAGGUUUGUCCUCCUAUAAAGUGCAUUUACAUUGUAGACAUGUCAACAUUUUAUAUUUAAGUAUAAGUACAGCUGGACUUGAAUUGAAUUUCGCAUUUAAGAAAUGUACCGUGCCCAUAAUUGGAUUGCAAUUAUUCUUAAUUGCAAUCUUUGUCGUCCGCUUUUCCACACACACACACACACACACACACACACACACACACACACUCUGAGUGUACACACAGCUCCCGUUUUCUUUGCCCGGAGACUGUGUUUGUGUGUAAAAUAGAGAGAGGCAGACCUUGAUGUGGUGCAGUCUAGCUCAGGCUAACUUGUGUAGCUCGGAAGGCCAACAAUAAUAAUCAAUGAGCUGCAGAAUUCAAUUAAGGAGAGUGCACCCAGCAGAGUGGAGAACAGAACAGAACAGCGAGAACCUGGAGGGAAGAAGCGUAUGCAUGUGUGUGUGUGUGUGUGUGUGUGUGUGUGUGACUGUAAUGAUGACUGUAUUUUGCAGAAAUACCAGAAAGCAAGCACAGAAAGCAUGAAGGGGCAUGUGGCUUUGCAUUAUGCAUUAUUAAUAUAUUUUUUCUGAAUUGUAAAAUAUGACAACAUAUACUGUUAUUAAAAAAAACAGAGUUUAUACAGCAAUUGCGUGUGCUAUAAGCUAUAAAUAUUGUGUUUAAAUAGAAGUAAAAUUGGAAAAAUUAAUUUGAAUAAUAAAAAAUGUUUUUUCUU